AUGGCCGAAGAACCAAAAGGUGUACCGCUGGCAGACCUUAGUUUGCAACAGCUUGGAGAACUUCAAAAGAAUUGCGAGCAGGAGUUGACUUUCUUUCAAGAGUCUUUCAAUGCCCUGAAGGGUCUGCUUUCUCGAAAUGAAAAGAGUGUAUCCGCUUUGGACGACGUCAAAGUAGCUACUACCGGACACACCGCUCUAAUUCCACUCUCAGAAUCGUUGUACAUCCGUGCAGAACUUUCGGACCCAUCAAAACAUAUGGUUGAAAUUGGAACCGGUUAUUUCGUGGAGUUGGAACGCGAGAAAGCUAAAGCUAUUUUUGAUCGGAAGAAAGAGCAUAUUUCAAAGCAGAUCGAGACAGUUGAGGGAAUUCUGAAGGAGAAGAGGCGAACUCGCGCUUACAUUUCAGAUGCCUUCCAAACCAAAGUUCAAGCCCAACUCGCAACAAUGAAUACCCAGUAA